CUCUUGCGUUCCGAGGCUGCCCGGCCUGGGAGACCAGGGCGCCCAGGCCACGCUGGAGACAAGCGCCUGGGUUGGUGGUUGUGUCCCCCGCCACCUCCCUCUUUGUUUUGCUCCACCAGAAACUGCAGCGUCCAAGGCCCAUUGGCUGGAUCCUGUGCCCUAGGAGCACCUUGGAAGCCUCGCUUCAUCUCCGCCCGCAAAUCUGGGGCACCAAGAGAGAGAGAGAGAGCCGUGAGCCAGGCUCACCUUAUUCCUCGUCUUGGGAGAACCGGACAACUUCCCCAAAAGGCCUUGCAGUGCAGAAUUGGCCCGGAUUAAUAAAGACCAGACCUGCCCCACGCACCCACCUUCCCAGUUGCAUGUAUUCAAUCUCUGCGUUUGUCUCUAGCUCGGUAACGGGCUGGAGAGGAUAGGUAGCGGGGUGACAACACGAUCGCCCUGAGGUUAUUUAUUUUCCCUUUCUCUCAAUCUCUUUCUCCCCAAACCUCGCCUGCAAGCUGCCUCCAGCCCGCGGGAGUCGGCAGCGGCCCUUGAGCCCCCAGCCCCAAUCCACAGGGCUCGGCUUUCCCAUUCAUUAUUGAUCAUAUUUUAUAAAUCCAACGCCACACAAUUUUUUCCACAUUACCGGGAGCCGUGGGGAGGCGGCCCAGCCAUUGGCAGAGGGGAAGUCACGUGGGCGGGGGUCACGUGGUCCGGAGAGGAAAAAGGGGGUCCUUUUUGGUGUAAAUCUGGACUCUAAUUCUGUAAUAUAUCAAGGAAUCUCGUAAAACCGACACUAAAACGUCCCUGCCUACAAAUCAUCCGGCCAAAUUAUGAGUUCAUUGUAUUAUGCGAAUGCUUUAUUUUCUAAAUAUCCAGCCUCAAGUUCGGUUUUCGCUACCGGAGCCUUCCCCGAACAAACUUCUUGUGCAUUUGCUUCCAACCCCCAGCGCCCAGGCUAUGGAGCGGGUUCGGGCGCUUCCUUCGCCGCCUCGAUGCAGGGCUUGUACCCUGGCGGGGGGGGCAUGGCGGGCCAGAGCGCCGCCGGCGUCUACGCGGCCGGCUACGGGCUCGAGCCGAGUUCCUUCAACAUGCACUGCGCGCCCUUUGAGCAGAACCUCUCCGGGGUGUGUCCCGGCGAGUCCGCCAAGGCGGCGGGCGCCAAGGAGCAGAGGGACUCGGAGUUGGCGGCCGAGGGUAACUUCCGGAUCUACCCCUGGAUGCGAAGCUCAGGAACCGACCGCAAACGAGGCCGCCAGACCUACACCCGCUACCAGACCCUGGAGCUGGAGAAAGAAUUUCACUACAAUCGCUACCUGACGCGGCGGCGGCGCAUCGAGAUCGCGCACGCGCUCUGCCUCACAGAAAGACAGAUCAAGAUUUGGUUUCAGAACAGGCGCAUGAAGUGGAAAAAGGAGAACAAGACCGCGGGACCCGGGACCACCGGCCAGGACAAGGCUGAAGCAGAGGAGGAAGAGGAAGAGUGAAGGAUGGAGAAAGGGCAGAGGAAGAGAGAUGAGAAAGGGAGAGGAGGAGAAGCCCAGCUAUGGGAACUGAAUCAGGAAACUCAAAUCAAAUAGGGAAGUAAAAACAAACAAACGAAAACUAUUUAAAUAAAAGAAGUUUUAAUUUUUUUUUUUUUGAGGAGGGAGAAAGGUGAAAUAUUGGUUUUUCAACGCUGAAAAAAAUACUACCUAUCGGAAAGUCUGUCAGGUUUUUUUUUUUUGUGCAGGAUGAGAAGGACAUUAUCUACCUGUUCUGUAGCUUUCUGGAAUUUACCUACCCUUUUCUAUGUUGCUGUUGUAAGGUCUUUGUAAAAUCUUGCUGUUUUGUAAGCCCUCUUUGAUGCUGUCUUUGUGGACUUGGGUCUGGACUAACCCUGUGGUUGCCUGCCCUCCUGAGCCUUCCCAGUAGCAGCACCAAGGGGCCUUAGGGAGCCCCAAAACCUACAACUCGCGUGUUCUCCAAGCGCCUGGCCGCUGCUCCUUGCUCCCCGUCCCUUGGCCCCAUGCUCCCUUUUACAUUCUAUGUGUAUCUAAAAGAUGGAAAAAUAAAACACAAUU